AUGCCGAUCCCGACUGCCCAGCAAGGGCGAUCCGUACACGGUGGGGCACCUGCUAAUGGGCUGAAGAACACAAAUGGCCUUAGUGCGACGAACGGCCUGAAUAGCACGGAUGAAGCUGCGCGCAGUGGAUCCGCCAAUGUAGACAGUCACAAGACAGUACCAGCCCAAAGCAAAGAUCGAUCGAAUCUGAUCCCGUUCUCCUCACGAUUGUUCACGGGUCGUGCUUUGGCCACAGAUGUUUGGUCUAUCUACAACGCCGCUAAUCUUCCAGCGGAUUGCAUCAACCUCGGGCAGGGUUAUAUGAACUUCGGCCCUCCGAAGUAUGUGAUCGAAGCUGCAGAAGGAGCUCUGAGGGACAUUGCCCCUAACCAUUAUUCCCACCCGAAAGGACGACUACGCCUGCGGGAAGCCAUAGCUAAACACUACGGCCCUUCGUUUGGAAGGGAAUUAGACGUCGAGACCGAAAUCCAGGUCUCUAGUGGUGCAAAUGAAGGACAGUACUCUGUCUUCACAGCAUUCCUGGAAGAGGGCGAUGAAGUCAUCAUGUUUGAGCCUUUCUUCGAUCAAUACCUCCCCUCGGUGACGUUCAACGGCGGAAAGCCGGUAUAUGUACCUUUACACCCGGCGGAUAAGCCAGGGCGUCUGACAGGCGACGACUGGACGGUAGAUUAUGACGAGUUACGGCGAGCUAUCACGCCCCGUUCCAAGAUGAUUAUAAUAAACACGCCGCACAAUCCGGUAGGGAAGGUGUUCUCGAGGCAAGAACUCGAGAAGAUCGCAGCUCUUGCGGAAGAGUUCAAUCUCCUCGUCAUGGCCGACGAAGUCUAUGACUGCCUUGUCUACGAUGAUAAGGAGCACGUUCGGAUCGCGACUCUUCCGGGUAUGUGGGAGCGUACAGUGACAGUUGGAUCGGCUGGGAAGGCCUUUGCUGCUACUGGUUGGCGCGUAGGCUGGGUGAUUGGUCCUCCCUCCCUUAUCCGACCCACUCUGGCUGCUUGCACGCGUAUCGUCUUCAGCUCAAAUUCACCAAUGCAAGAGGCUGCUGCUGUCGGCCUCGAGCAGGCUCGUGAAAGAAAAUACUUCGAGACUCAGGUUAAGGAGUAUGAGGAACGUCGCGCAGUACUGCUGGACGCGUUCGACCGACUGGGCAUGAAGUACACUCUUCCUCACGGGAGCUACUUCAUAUUACUCGACAUCUCUACAUUAAAGAUUCCAGACGACUAUCCGUUCCCUGCAAUGCUGGACGGUCGUGGCAGAGAUUUCAAAGCAUGCUGGUUCAUUGCCUGCGAGAUCGGUGUGUCCUCAAUACCCGUCAGCGAGUUCUACUGCCAUGAGCACACCAGCAUUGGAGAGAAAUAUGCUCGAUUCGGUUUCUGCAAGGACUUAGAGACGUUGCGACAAGCAGGCGAACGUCUUCAAAAACUCAAAAACUACGUCAACUAA